UUUCAUUUCAGCUAUCAAUUUGAUUUCUUCAGCAUCCUUUCUUUGCAGUGUAGUUAACUGCUCUUUUCUAAAUCUCUAUGUUCUUCACCAACUCGAUCAUUUCUUAAAAUCUAGUGUUUCUUCUUUCCUUUUCGUAGUUUUUUGUUACUCUAUCUUCUAUUUUCCGUUUGCAUUCUUUGCUUUUUUUUUUCAUCGUAUGGAGUUCGAGUCAGUGAUUAAAAUGCAUUAUCCAUAUCUCGCAGCCGUUAUCUACGAUGAUAAUCUCACCUUAAAAGAUUUCCAUUCAUCUCUUACCGAUGAUGUUUCAUGUAUACAAAAUAUGCAUCAUAAACGUAGCCAGGUUAAUUUCGAUAGGUCACAUCUCCCAUCGACCAUAAACUCCUCUCCUGAUAUUUGUCACAAAAACCAAACAUCGAAGAUCUCAAACACAACCUCCGAUCAUAAUACUCUAAAUCUAAAUAUUGUUCCUAUUCACUUUGAUAUGCAGCCUCAAACAUACGAAAUACCCUCAAAAGAUACUUUUAGAGGCAUCAUUCCAUCUCCAUGCACCGAGGCUUUUGAGGCAUAUCUUCAUGGCAUAUCCAACGACCAAGAUCUCUUCGAUAUGGCCUAUAGCACCUCACUAGGUGUUGAACCCAAGGAUGUACCCAACGUUUCACAUGUCCAACGUGAAAAUACUAUGUGGGAAAAUAAUCAAAACCAAGGACUCGUCUUUGGGACCGAGGCAAUCUUCAAUCUAGCCAUGGUUGACUCUAACCUAUACGAUGCGGCUAAAUCAAUGGGUAUCUCGAGCGCAAACGUUGAUCCCAUCAUGAAUCGACGUCAUCAUAAUCAAAUAUUGAUCAAAACCGAUCAGAUCAAGAAGCACAAGAGAUUUCAGAUGAGGAGAGUAUGUAAACCCACGAAAAAAGCUAGCAUCAUCAAAGGUCAGUGGACUUCCGAAGAAGACAGGCUAUUGGUGCAAUUAGUGGAGCGUCAUGGGACUAAAAAAUGGUCACAGAUUGCUAAGAUGCUUCAUGGAAGAGUUGGAAAACAGUGCAGAGAAAGGUGGCAUAAUCAUCUCCGUCCUGAUAUCAAGAAAGAUGGUUGGAGUGAAGAAGAGGAUAGGAUACUAAUUGAAGCCCACAAGGAGAUCGGGAACAGAUGGGCUGAGAUCGCUAGAAAACUCCCUGGACGCACUGAAAACACAAUCAAGAACCAUUGGAACGCGACUAAACGCCGACAACACUCGAGGAGGAGUAAAGGAAAAGACGAGAUCUCCCUUGCACUUGGCAGCAACACUCUUCAGAAUUACAUCAGAUCUGUUACUUACAACGAUGAGCAUACUCUCAUGGCUGCAAACUCUGACGCAAACGAAAACGUCGGUUCAAGAAACAUGAGAGGUAAAGGUAAAGCUGUAAUCGCUGCAGUCUCUGAGUACGGAGAGAACAGUGAUGAGAAUGAUUGCAAGUAUAUCGUUGAUGGUGUGAUGAACUUGGAUUUAGACGAUGGAAGAAAGGAGAAAACGGCGUCGUUGGCAGUUGGGUCAGGGUCAACGUCUACUUCUGGUUCGACGUCUGGAUCAGGAAGUGGUGUAACCGUGGAGCUUGAUGAACCCAUGACAGAUAGCUGGAUGGUGAUGCAUGGGUGCGAUGAAGUUAUGAUGAAUGAGAUUGCUCUGCUUGAGAUGAUUGCUCAUGGCCGUCUUUAGGUCGCAAUUUAAUCAAGCCAAACUUGAUUAUAUCUUUAAUAUAUAAAACUAUGCUUUAUGUGAAAUCAAAUUUGUGCUUUUAAUUGACAUGUAAUAUAUAUUGUGGUUUAAUGAAUGCUUUUUUUCCCGGUC